AUGGCUCCGCCCACGUACAAGGCCAAGACCUACCUCUUUGUCCUUCCCAAGCAAGUGCCUGGGACGCAAGUACGCUGUCCAGUGUACGCUCGGGUCACGGCAGGAGCAGGCAAUCGCGGCCAGCAGACGCUCAAGUGUCAAACGAUCGCGACGGACGCGGCUGCUGCCAUGGAGUUUGAGGUCCCGAGGACGGAUUGCGAGCUCCAGAUCGUGACGGCGAAGGAGGCGACGACAAAGCCCCUUGGUGUCUGGCUGCGCCAGUUUGUUUUCUCGCGCACGAAGGACGCGCCUUCGCCGGUCAAGUGCAAGCGGUCCACGUCGAGGACGAGAUCCGAAGCGGUCGAGAGCAUCAGCCCCGUCAGCGCAAUCCUCCUCUGGGAGUUCGACGUGUCACUGGCGCCGGCAGAGGAAGCCGAGAAAUUGAUGGAGCGAGCUCGGCGCACCCACGCCCGCAUCGUGAAGCGCAUCAAGGACCCGGCCAACGGCUCACGCGACUUGGCCUUCGUCCUGGCAAAGAUCAUGCCGGAAGGCGAGGGGGCGCCUGCAACGGUCGAUUUGGUAUCGCCGGCGACCGGGAAAAAGACCCGAGUGUCGGCGCAACGCGUCGUCGACCAUCUCUUCUACUCGGUCGAAGGUCGCAAGGCGCCGGAAGAUGGCUCGGUUGGCGACCAGUACUGGGAAGAUCCUCGCUUCGGUGACCUGGACGACGACGAACUUGACGACGGCCCCGAAAGCGACCAGCCGGAGUCCAGCGACUCGGAACCCGUCACAGCGGCAAUGCUCUGGCAUUUGCGUGCCGGACUCGAUUUCGACGACCCCCAGCAGCGCUCACUCUGGGGGGCUACGCUCCUGGGCUUCUUCUUUCUCUUGCGGAAGUCCGAGUACCUCCACGAAGGGCCCAAACCCGCGAAGCACGGUCUCUGCGUAAGAGAUAUCCGCUUCACGACGGCCUUCGAGGAGGUGGCGACGUCCGAAGAUCAAGUGCACGAGGUCCACAUCAAGCUGUCGAGCUCGAAGACGGACCAACGGCGCGGCGGUGUGACCUUGCGACUAUCCCGGCCUGGUAGCUCUUGGCUCUGCCCCAUCCCAGCUAUCUGGGAGCUGCGGCGCAUCGCGGUCGCAGCCGGGGUCAAGGCCAACGAGCCGCUAUGCACCACGAUCGCACCGGACGAAGCAGAGCCGCGAUCAACGAGAGCCAAUAAUGAAGGCAUUACGCCCAUUGCCCCCUGA